AUGAUAUCGACAAUGAGUCGACAACGAAGACGACACGUGACUGAAAAUUACUUGGUCAUCUGGGUCGAUGACAAUAUUGAUAUGGCAAAUAAAGAUGACCAACAUACACUUGCGCCAUUGCGCAAUGUCGUAAAUCAAGUCAAUCCGUGCACGACAGGUGAGCAACAUGUUCAACAACUCAGUGAAAAUCCUGAAGAGACAUCAUUUGUUAUCUCCUCCGAUGCACUUGGUCAGCAUUUAGUGCCAAACAUUCAUAGCAUGCCGAAAUUGGAUGUCAUCUACACAAUUUGUGACAACAAACAGCGACAUCAAGUAUGGGUCAAAAAUUUGACAAAAAUCCAAGGUAUUCAUACAUUCAUCUAA